AUGCUGUACCGCUUGAAGAUUGGCGGCGAUGACAACUGCCAGUACAAAAACAGGUGGUUGGACACCUGGAAUCAUCGUAUGCAUCGUGAGGCUGGCCGCAUCGCUGUCCGGGAGACCUGCUCCAGGCCAUCGUUGAAGAGCUUCUGGGAGCGCUUCAUGUACCUCUUCAGCCCUCCCAACAACGAGAAUGGCAACCUCCACAUCUCGCAGAUUGCUCAAUCCCGCUGCGUUUCGAUGUCCGUGGGAUCGGCUUGUUUGGAGUUCGAGCUGGACAGCAUGAACACUCUCGGCAAAGUGCCUUUUGACGACGAGCUUGUGGAGGGAGGUCCACUGAUUUUCCAUGCAGAGCCUCACGUGGACAAGGAGACAGGCGAGUGGGUUACUUGCGCGAUUCAGCUCCGCAUCAGCCCAGAGGACAUGGGCCUGAAGCCGGAGUACGUUGUCUUCUCCGUGAUGCCGGAUACCUCGCGGACACCUGGGGCGCCUGUUCGACGCCGUCUCAUCCGCCGCAUCUCCACCGAGUAUCCUUCUCCUGUCCACACCAUCGCCUUGACGGAGAAGUAUAUUGUCAUGAUCCAGAUCCCGUACCCACUGAACUGGGAUGGCAUGCUGAAUGCGGAGGCACGAUGGCUUAUGGAUGGUGUUUACGAGGGCAACCUUAACGAUUACAACACCUGGCAGCCUGAGCGUGGGACCACCAUCCGCCUCAUCAACCGGGUCACUGGGGAAGAAACUCAGAUCUUUGAGACUGAUCCGUUCUUCUUCUUCCACAUCAUCAAUUCCUUUGAGGAAAAGGGCGGGCCUUCUGGUGAGGAGGAUAUGGUCUAUCUCGACGUGGUCUGCUACAAUGAGCCGCCUGUCGGCUUCCCUCUGCGUCAGGCACGAUCUGGCGAUGUCGAGGACUGGCGUGGUGGUGGCGGAGAGGUCCGGAGAUUCGCGAUGAACGUCAGGACGGGAGAGUGCACCUGCACCGGGUGGCCAGACAACUGCUUCGAUGAGCCGAAGAUCAACCCGAAGGUGGACGGUGUUCGGCACCGAUACAGCUGGGGGGUCAUCGAUGACAACGGCAUGCUCCGACUGACCAAGCAGGACCACGACACUCACCAGGUUUGGAAGUGGGAAGGUCAGGAUGUGUCCCGUGAGCUGCCUUGGCAGCCAGUCUUUGUGCCUGAGCCGUACAGCAAUGAGGAGGAUGCAGGAGCCAUCAUGAGCUUCGUACGGGAUCAGCCUACUGGUGAUUCCUUCUGCGUAAUCCUUGAUGCCAAGACGAUGGAGGAGCAGGCUCGUGUUCACUUCCCUUCUGGGCACCACGUGCCACUGCAUGGCCACGGGACUUUCAUCCCCGGCAGCGUCUGA